AGCUCGGAAUAAUUACUGUCUGAGAUAGGCUUGUUUGUGAUCAGGGAUAAUCGCAAUGACCAGUUUAUAAAAUAGUGCAUAAAUUACUUUGUAGCCACGUACACAAAAUGAGAAAUGAUCAGGCUCGAAGAGAGAACAGAGUAGCAAAGACCUCUGCUUUUGACGGCUCAAACUGAAGUGAUUCCUCUGUCAUAGAUUCAAAGAUAAUUGAAGUCCGAUCAAAAGCUCCACUCUGCAAGAGAUCCUCACCGGAAUCCAAUCAUCACGUUCGUUUUUUCGAGUGAAAUUCAUCUUUUCUCAGUAUGAUAAGCUUAGCUCACCUUUUUGGGGUGCUAGGCAACAUUAUGUCAGGGCUACUCUACCUUUCUCCCACACCAACGUUUUGGCGAAUUGUGAAGCGUAGAUCGACUGAGGAAUUUGAGAGCCUUCCUUACAUUUGCAAGUUGUUGAAUGCAUACUUUUGGGUUUACUAUGGACUUAUUGAGCCCAAUAGCUUGCUCGUCGCCACUGUCAACAUGUUCGGUGCUGUUGUCGAGAUCAUUUUUCUUAUUAUCUUUCUAACUCUUGCACCUUCAAGAAUGAAGGCUAGAACUGCCAUUCUUGUUGCAAUUUUGGAUGUGGGAUUUCCAGCAGCAGCAAUUUUGCUGACUCAAUUCGUGCUACAUGGAGAAAUGAGGAUUGUUGUUGCAGGGUUACUGUGUGUAGCCUUCAGUAUGAUUGCAUACGCUUCACCUCUCUCAGCUAUGAAAACGGUGGUGAGCACAAAGAGUGUGGAAUACAUGCCUUUCCUUCUCUCAUUCAUCUUUUUCUUGAAUGGGGGAGUUUGGACUGCCUAUGCCUUCAUCGCCAAAGACUUGUUUGUUGGAAUACCAAAUGGGGCUGGAUUUUUUCUUGGAACAGCUCAGCUGAUUCUUUAUGCAAUGUACUGGAAACCUAAGCCAUCCAAACAGGCGUUGGACAACUUAGAGGAUCAACGGCAACAUGAGCCGCUCAUCCCGGCCGGAAUCCGAUCGAUUGCACAGGUAGGAAGUAAUUCUCUAGAAGAAGCCGCUAACGGUAAAUGAGAGAAAAGGGUAUCAGAUUAAAGUGUUGUUUUUUAAUUAUUUGUCUUUAUCUUGUCGAAAACCAUUUUAAUUUCAGUUCCCAAGAAGCAUUAAAUUUGAAUAAUUGUACGUUGACCUA